UAUUUUAUUGGUUAAGGUUAUGUAUUUGUUAUGAUGUUAUUACGGUGUAAACAUUGUCCAUGUUUAGCGUAAGGUUAGAGUGAAAAGAAACAAUGUAUAUGUAAACUGCUAAUACUAAUAAACAAUAUUCAGACGGUUCGUAAGGUCUAGUUUCAGUUUUAUUCAGUUACAAUGUUUAGAAAACUUCUAACAAAUUGUAAUUUCACCAAAAUUACUGAAGUCAAUCAGCGCUCUAGCAUCUUAUGGUUCACCCGAACCGACUAUAAAAACUUUGGACAUAAGCCUAUGUGUGUUACAGAUUCUGGUAUACUUGGAUUCAAUAAUGGUGUAAAAUUAAAUAAUCAUUCUCGAAUACCUUUAGAUUCUUGUAAGUUUAUACAUACAUUCUUUAAUAUUUCUGAUAUACAAGUGGUGUGUUUGCCUAAGUGGAUUGUUUCAAAUUUAAAUGACACUAGCUUAGUCAGUCAACAAAGAAGAUACAAAUCUACAAAGAAAUCAAAAAAGAGACCCGAGUAUGAUUCAGACUCUGAUUCAGAUGUGGAAGAAGAGGUUUCACAAGUAGGAAAGGUGGUGACAGUCCGCAUGCAAUCUCUCAGGUUGGAUGGGCUCAUGAAGAAGGCGCUCAACGUGGCACGGAACAAGAUAGAGACAGCAUUUUACCAAGGAAAUAUUAGGGUUAAUGGGAAGAAGCCCAACAAAAAGAGUUUCCAGUUAAAGAUCGGAGAUGAGGUCGACCUGAUACGAGGUGUAAGUCCAAUGAACCCGGAAUAUCUGAGUGUAUCCCGGGUGGAAGUGAUCUCUGUGAAGGAAGAAGGGGAUGAGGAUGAGGAGGACCAGCUAGCAAUCCGACUCAGAGUAUCCAAGACCAUGUACAUAGAGAACUACUCUGAUGACCCUUGGAAGAAAACCAGUAUGGCAGAGUAACUGAGUACCGUACUGAGUAUUGUACUCACAUAUUGAAUUUCUCCUACAAACUAUUGUAUAUAAGUAGUCCUUAAAUAAAGUUCUCAAUUUGGAA